CAGCGGAGGCAAAGUGUGCUGGCGGCUGCGGAGACGCUCGGUGAGUGCGGGUCUGCCGGCAGCUGCGGCAGUGUACGGCGGGGACCGCACCGCACCGCACCCGCUCUGCUUCUUACGGUAGCGUACGGCGGGGCACCGCACCGCUCCCUACGGCAGCGUAUUCCGCCUUACGGCACCGCACCCCGGGGCGCCGUAGCGCCCGCGCCCGGCGGGGCCAUGAUGGCGUGCGCCGAGCUGCUGGCCGUAUGCCUGCUCUCUGCCAACCGCGGCCCCGCGCCCCGCCGCCAACCGCUCCCCAUCUUCCACGACAUCUUCCGGCGAGCUGACAAGAAUGAUGAUGGGAAGCUGUCAUUUGAGGAGUUCAAGAACUAUUUCGCUGAUGGGAUCCUGAGCUCGGAGGAGCUGUGGGAGUUAUUCAGUGGCAUUGACAGGCGUCACUCAGAUAACGUGGACACAGAGAAAUUGUGUGAUUAUUUCUCAGCGUAUCUUGGAGAAUACAGGAAUGUGCUUUCCGCCCUGGAAGCCCUCAACUCUGCGGUCCUGGCAGCCAUGGACAAAACCAAGCUGAGGUACGAGACCUCCUCGAAGAUGGAGCAGUUCCUGACGCGGUUCCUGCUGCGGGAGACCCUGCAGCAGCUGCAGUCCCUGCAGGCCUCGCUCGAGUGUGCCGUGGACACCGUGGAGGAGCAGGCGGGACGGGACAGAAAGGACAUAAAGAAGCCCGAGACCUCGGUUGGGCUGAGGUCAGGGAGGCGAUGUGGGCGCAGAGGACAGAGGAACGUCUGCCUGUCUCCAACAGACCCCUAUUCUGGGAUGCUAACGACAGGCGUUUGUGUCGAAGACAACAGCCAGUGGAUGGCGCAGAUCAACAGGCUGCAGCAGCUCAUCGAGAAGCUGGAGUGCAAGAGCCCGCGCCUGGAGCCGCUGAAGGAGGAAGCGAUGUGCAAAGGAAGAGAUGCACACAUCCUGGUGGCGAAGAGGCAGAUCUCGGUGGCAACCAGCAGCAUCGAGGAGUUCCGCCAGGCCUUCAGGUCCUACACGGAGGGCACGGCCGGGCAGAGCAGCUGCCUGCACGUCUCCGCCUGCAAGCUGAGGGACGAGGCCUGCUUCAUCCUGUACGAGUUCUGGCAGGACGCGACCGCCUGGAGGAGCCACUUGCAGUCCAGCUGCAGCAAGACGUUCCAGCGCUCCAUCAUCAGCUUGCUGGAGUCCCCCGAGCUGCUGACCACCAUGCUCUUCCCAGCAUCCUGGUGGAUCAUGAACAACAACUGACCCUGGGCAGCCGCCUCCAGGACGCCGCUGGCAUGUGGCAGACAUGGAGCCCUCAGCACAGCCCUCACGUUCGUCCCCUCCGUGUCCCUCAUCCCCUCCUGCAGCCCGACCCUGUUCCUCUUUCCAUCUUAUUUAUUCCCUCUCCAAGCCAUUCCCACUGGCACCAGUGGGAGCUGUGGUCGGGGUGGCCGUCAGGUCCUGGGGAGCACAGGGCUGGUUGCUGUGUCCCUCCUCUUCCUCCCCAUGCUUCUCUUCCUCCUGGCUCCACAGCGUGCUGGGGGGCACGGCUCUGCCCGGCUGUGGCCUCCCCAGCCCUGGCAGUGGCUCUGCCCAUGGGGCCGGUGCCUUGUGCACAUUGUGAACAGUGUUUUAUAGGAACCAUUAAUGGAGUAUUCCUGGCGGGGGGGGGACGGCUCAGCCCUGGCCACGUGCAGCCAUUGCAAUGGCUGCGAGCCUGGCCUUGUGCCCCCCCAGCCGUGCCCGUGGCUGUGCACGUCCCCAAUAAACCACUGCCCCAGUGCAGGGGCUCGAGCGCG